AUGACAACAUCUUGGGAUCAAGCUAAAUUUGCAUUAAAACCUAAAAAAAAGGGUUUUCAUUUAAUCACAGAGGAAGUUCUCAGUAAUGUUCCUGAGAUAAGAGACUAUAAAAUAGGUCAAUUAAAUUUAUUUAUUCAACAUACUAGUGCUGGUUUAACCAUUAACGAAAAUUACGAUCCUGAUGUUAGAACAGAUUUGAUCAAUAUCUUUGAUAGAAUAGUUCCUGAUGAUGCCGAAUAUAUACAUAUAUUAGAGGGACUUGAUGAUGCUAAAUCUCAUGGACAGGCUACGAUUACUGGUUUAAACGUUACAGUUCCAAUAAGUAAUGGUAAAUUAGCUUUUGGAACGUGGCAGGGAAUUUAUCUUGCUGAGUUCAGAGAUAAUAGGCCAUCGAGAAGAAUUGUAGCAACAAUCAAUGGAUUGAAGGAAACCUAG